AUGGCUUCGAACCUUCCUCUCCCGGUUCCUCCGCGAACCCCCACUCCGCCGGCGGAUGAACCUGCGCAUCAGCAUGCCCAGCUGAACUCAGGAGUAUCGGUUGAUCGCGAUUCCCUGUCGCCGCUGGUGGAGUCUUUACCCAGGAGUUCGUCGUUGGAAACAGGGACUCAAGGCCGUCUCAGUCCCACAAAGUCGUCCUUCAAUUUGAGCCCCGUGCCAGACAGCACGACAUCGGCGCAGAAUGGCUCGAGCAACAUGACCGCCGCGGGGCCAUUCAAUUUCAACACCACGGUUAUGGCGAAGAGCCCGGUAACCAAGUCUAAUAUCGGGCAGCGCAGAGGUCACAAGUAUAAGCACAGUAGUAUCUCGCAUCAGAUCUUCCUCGAGCCCCCUCCUCGAGCGCCUCUGGCCCUGCCAAACUCACUCCCCAUUCCCACACUGAAGGAAUACCGCACCAGCAUGUCGAAGGACCAGAAAACACGAUUUUGGUGGAGUGUCUGCCAUAUCUUCGUGGCGGCCUAUACGCUCUGGACCGCCGAGGGGUCGCUGGCUAUGACAGCACUGUCUCAUCUCAUCCUAUUCGACUCCCUGGGCGCUCUUCUCUGCGUGGCAGUGGACAUUUUGGGCAAUUUCGAAGUGUGGAAAAGAUCCAGCAUUCGCCAUCCAUUUGGUCUAGAACGCGCUGAGGUCCUUGCGGGAUUCGCCAUGUGCGUACUGCUUCUUUUCAUGGGCCUCGAUUUGAUCUCCCAUAAUCUCCAACAUUUCCUUGAGAGGUCCGGGCAUGAGCCCCACCAUCCACACGAGCAUGACCGCGUCUCUCUGGGCACUGUCGAUGUCACGGCUAUUCUCGCCAUUUUGUCUACGUUGGUAUCCGCAAUACUGCUGAAAAACCAUGCGCGGAUCGGAAAAGCGAUGCGCUUUGCGUCCAUGGAAUCUCUCCCUUCAGUUCUGAGCAACCCGUCUCAUUUCCUUACCCUGUCAUGCUCCACGCUUUUGCUGCUGCUGCCAUUGGUUUCGAUUCGCAUCUAUGAUUGGCUUGACAAGGUUCUGUCUGGUACAAUCGCAAUUUCCAUGUGUGUCUUGGGAGUCCGUUUGGUCAAGGCCUUGGGCUCAAUGCUUCUCAUGUCCUAUUCUGGUCCUGGAGUCACCGAGGUCAUCAAGGACAUUGAAGCAGACCCCUCUGUGUUUGGAGUUGAUGAUGCCCGGUUCUGGCAGGUUCAUUAUGGGCUAUGCAUGGCAAAUCUCAAGAUUCGAGUCUCUGGCACCGAGGAAACCCUCGUCCGUCUCCGCGAAAAGAUUUCCAGUUUGAUUCGGAACCGACUAGGUGGAGGCUAUGGCACUGGAGGUCAGAAGUGGGAAGUCUCUUUGCAAUUCACCAUCGAGCGGGCAUAA